AUGAUUUUAAUUACUUUUUUGAAAAUUCAGCAACAAGUAGAUAGACGCCGCAUUCCUGUAGAGGAGCCGAAAGAAAGGGACGAUCCUUUAGAGGACAUUGCGGAGAAUAUCACGGAGGGGUUCGACUUCGAACCAAGCUCGUCGGAUUGGGAGCCCAGCGACGUGGACGAUGUAUCAGACUCCGAUUAUGAGGACGAGAGGAAAAGGCGCAAGCUUAAUACACCGAAGCGCCAAGGGGCUAAGAAACCUGAGCCCGUGCCGAAGAACGUACUCAACCCAUCCAACAAGGAUAAUAUAAAAGCCGCUGUUGGUUGCCGCACGAGCAGGAAGCAACCUGCGCCUAGGAGACUGGUUGUGUCGCCCGACGGCAAGGUACAAGCUGUAGUGGCUAUGCCAAAGAAAACUAAUCUGAAUAACAAAGCGCAGCCAGUUACGCCGAAUACAACCAAUCAAGAAACACCUGCCACGCCCGAAAAUGCAGUUAAUCAAUUACCCAAAGAAUUACCUACUAGUGAAAAAAAAACUGUAAGGUUUUCUUUGCCACCCAGUGACCAACUACGUAGAAGUCCAAAAUACGUUUGCAAAAAAAUCCCACGUAGUAAUUGGUCCAAGGCACAACUGCGUAAAAAACCAAGAAAGUUGGUACAGAACGAAAGUAACCAAAUGAACAUAGACGACCGUGAAAGUCGUCAAGUUCAACAGGAUGACACCGUAAAUGUAUCAAUGAAUAUAAAGACAUUCAAGAACUUCUGUCGAUCAAUCCGUAGUGUCGAAAAAGUCUACGGCCGAUCGAUGAAGGUUUUGCCACAGCCUCUUAGAAAGAAAUUCGGCAAAACGGGUAUGAAAAAAGUUUUUAUGGUGGCGAAGAACCUACGACGCAUGAAACAAAUCAAAAAGACAAACAACAAACCAAAGAACACGACAAAAGAACAAGAUAAGACUAUACAAGAUAAAACAAAUGAUACAAAUGGUGAAGCCCAAAACUGUAAUGAGGAAAAUGCAAAUGAAAACGUCGAGAAUGAAAACGUCGAAAAUGAAAACAUGGAAGUGUUUGACCGCUCCGACGACAAUAUUCUAAUAAGCAACCAGUUUGAAAACAUAGACGCGCCCACGCACAGCCCGAUAGACGAUUCAUUGGUGCCGAUUGGAAGUGGGAAAACUCUUCUGCCCAAGGAUAAAUUCCGUAAAAUUAAGUGGCAGUCCUACACUGUAGCUACUCGUGGCCUUUUGCUGGCGGCUUUUUCGCGCAAGGUGUUGGCGACUCAUUCGUUGACUGGGAAAAAAUCGCCUGCAUUCUUACACAAACCUGCAAAGAUGCUUUUGGACCCAAAGAAAGUGUCGGAUAUCGUCAUAGAGGUGGUGGACCGAUUUGACGUCAAAGAAAAUAUGGUCAGGGGUGUGAUAACUACCAAAUGUGCCGACGAAGCUAAGAUGUUGAAGAUGCGUAUUAAGAAGAAACAACUUAUGGAGGAGAAACAAGCGGCUCAAGCCUCAAAGGAAUAGCGCCUCUACUCAAGUAUUUGUAAGUAACCAACCAGAUUAUGAGUAAAAUGUUUAUGACCAUAAAAAGAAAAAGGGAUUGGACUUUAUAUCACAGACACAUUUAAUUGCAAUUUUGGACCUUGUAAGUUUUAGAACCUUGUCACUAUAGUUUGGAUAUGUCAGGGAUAGUGCGAUGGGAUAAGUGCAUAUUUUGUGCAAUAAAUCUGUUAAAAUACUAAGAAAAGUGCACUUAUCUCAUACACUUACCUAAACAUACUCUGAAACAUUAUCUACCUAUGUAUAAUGAACAUCAAUCGGCAUUGUACGAGCACACUCGACAUAUUACGUUUCGCCGACAUCGCAAUUUACCGUCAACGCUUAACUCAAUUGUUGUAAUAUUUUUCAGUGCAAUAAACACGCUCAUCUAAUAUUCCGCUCCCGAACAACUUAUCCUACCUACUUGUACUCAACUACUACAUCUAAACCUAAUUACAUCAUCAUACUGCUACAUACUUACCACCACGUGUAAGGGAACUAUCCCCUAUAUACAGGCAUUUAUGCGUUAUUAUUAACUAUUACGGGUUCCCGGGCAAUGGUUUUUUUUAGACUGGUUCCCAGGGCGGUCGCUCCCUAGAUCCGUGCCUGGUAGCAAGAAUCAAAAGAAAGGGACGGUCCUUUGGAAGACUAAUUCCGUGGGAGAGCCACGCCUCGGCAUGAAUGGGCCGGCUCGACCGGAGUGAUACCACGGCCUCACAGAAAACCGGCGUGAAGCAGCGCUUGCGCUGUGUUUCGCCGAGUGAGUGAGGAUACCGGAGGCCCAAUUGGGGGGGAAUGGGAUUUAAAAGGUUGGCAGCGCACUUGUGACUUCACUGAUGUUGCGGGUGUACAUGGGCGACGGAAAUUGCUUACCAUCAGGUAAUCCGUCAGCUAGUCUGCCACCUAUCACAUAAAAAGUUGCACGGAGGGAUUCGACUUAGAACCAAGCUCAUCGGAUUAGGAGCCGAACGAUUAUUAUUAACUAUUUCAGAUUGCCGGGUAAUGAAUUUCUUAACCUGCCCCCCAGGGUGGCCGCUCCCUACAUCCGUGCUUGGUGGCCAUUUGAUAUUUCCAUGUACAGAUAAAAGCCACAUCCCUGUAGAGGAACCGAAAGAAAGGGACGAUCCUUUAGAAGACAUUGUGGAGAAUAUCACGGAGGGGUUCGACUUAAUACCAAGCUCAUUGAAUUGGGAGCCGAGCGAUGUGGACGAUGUAUCAGAUUCCGAUUAUGAUGUUUGGGUGAUUUUGAAAUUAUUAACGAUUUCGGGUUCCCGGGCAAUGGUUAUAUUAUGUAACUUAUAAUUUGUUGCCCAGGGCGGCCGAUCUAUUCUAUGCACCUUCAGAUAGACGCUGCAUCCCUGUAGAGAAACCGAAAGAAAGGGACGAUCCUUUAGAGGACAUUGUGGCAAAUUGUACGGAGGGAUUCGACUUAGAACCAAGCUCGUAGGAUUGGGAGCCGAGCGAUUAUUUAAUAACUAUUUUGGGUUCCCGGGCAAAGAAUUUCUUCCCCGGGCGGCUAGCAAAUUGCUACAUUUGCUACUUCCACGUACAGAUAAACGCCGUAUCCUUGUAAAAGAACCAAAAGAAAGGGACGAUCUUUUGGAAGACCUAUUCCGUGGGAGAGCCACGCUUCGGCAUGAAUGGGCCGGCUCGACCGGAGUGAUACCACGGCCUCACAGAAAACCGGCGUGAAGCAGCGCUUGCGCUGUGUUUCGCCGAGUGAGUGAGGGUACCGGAGGCCCAUCAGGGGGGAAUGGGAUUUAAAAGGUUGCGGGUGUAAUAAUUUAUUAGUGUCAUAAUACUUAUACUUUGUAAAAUAAAGCUUGACUCCUGUGACAUAUUCCGCAAGAAAGGAUUAUGCAUUUUUUUUAUCGUCAGAUAACUUUAAAUCUACAGAAUAAGUUUAGCAAAUUAUCAGUUUUUUCUUGGAAAUGUCAAAAUGGCAAUUUUAGAGACUCUAGAGACAGAUAUUUUUAUUUCGGGAGCGUGAUAACUAUCAAAUGUGUCGACGAAGCUAAGAUGUUGAAGAUGCGUAUUAAGAAGAAACAACUCAUGGCGGAAAAACGAGCGGCUCAAGCCUCAAAGGAAUAGCGCCUCUACUCAACUAUUUGGAGGCAACCAACCAAGAAAAGGGCACUUAUGUCUUACUGGGAAACAUUCGCCUGCAUUCAUAAAUUAAAGUAUAUAAUUUUACAAAGUGUUGGCGACUAAUUCGUUAACUGGGAAAAAAUCGCCAGCAUUCUUACACAAGCCUGCAAAGAUGCUUUUGGACCCAAAGAAAGUGUCGGAUAUCGUCAUAGAGGUGGUGGACCGAUUUGACGUCAAAGAAAAUAUGGUCAGGUUGGUGUGGCGUGUCUCCGUCUUCCGCCAUUAUCAAAAUAGCCAUGAUCUCGUAGUCCCAUAUUGUUCCUACCACGAUGGUUGCUCUGCCACAGGCACCAGGACAGUCAGUGCUUCCCCGACCACGGACUGUUCGAAACGCGUUAACCAUUUCUGCCAUGUCUAAAGUCAACGUGAAAUCCAACGAGUGGAUGUUGGUUGAGAAGAAAGAUAUUACUCGGGCCUUAGUCCAUUCUCGCGAACAAGACAAGUGCGCAAUAUCUUAGGAGUCAAAUGCAGAUCGUCCGUCAUCAUCAAGGAUGGCGACGCAAUUAUUGUGUUAUUAUUAACUAUUUCGGGUUAUAAUUUCUUAGACUGCUCCCCAGGGCGGCCGCUCCCUAGAUCCGUGCCUGGUAGCAAUUUGAUAUUUCCACGUACAUAUAAACGCCGCAUCCUUGUAACAGAGCCAAAAGAAAGGGACGAUCCUUUGGAAGACCUUUUCCGUGGGAGAGCCACGCUGCGGCAUGUAUGAACCGGCUCGA